GCAGUAGCAGCAACCUCUGUAAACACUGAGAUGUCGGAGUCUCCGGACGCCCGCAGCCUCCUCUCGGCCUCCUCGCAGCUCAACCUGAUGGAGAUAGACGCGAUCGAUGAUAAAGAGUUUGACAUUCCCCAAGUUGACACACCUCCCACCCUGGAGAGCAUCCUUAAUGAGCUGGAGGAUGAGGAGGAGCCGUUUGUGUUGGAGGACACCUGCGUGCUCAACACAGACAACAUGGACGCUCACUCCUGUGACACCUCCUCUCUGGCCAGCUCUGACAGUGGAGACCCAGCACACCUCAAACGGAAGAGGAGGACGGUGGACCUGAACGCCACGGUGCACGGGUCUGUUCUCCGACACAGCCUGCUGAAGGGCAUCUCUGCACAGAUCGUCUCUGCUGCUGACAAAGUGGAUGCUGGCCUGCCGACGGCUAUAACAGUGGCGGGUGUGAUUGUGGUAGGAACGUCUCAUGGUCUGGCUCUGGUCUUCGAUACCAAUCAGGCUCUGCGGCUGUGUCUGGGUACCAAGGCAACGGGGGCGGAGUUUGGAGCUGUCUCUGCUCUGAGCGUCAACCACGACUGCUCACGACUUCUCUGCGGCUUCGCCAAAGGACAGAUCACAAUGUGGGAUCUAGCCAGUGGGAAGCUCCUGAGAACAAUCACUGAUGCCCACCCUCCAGGAACAGCAGUACUGCAUGUGAAGUUCACAGAUGACCCGACUCUUGCAGUGUGCAAUGACAGCGGAGGAUCAGUGUUUGAGCUGGCUUUCAGGAGGGUGAUGGGGAUGCGGUCCUGUGACUCACGCUGUCUCUUCAGUGGAUCUAAAGGGGAGGUGUGCUGUAUCGAGCCGUUGCGUGCCCCUCCAGACUUCAGAGACCAUCCCAUCACACACUACUCUCUGCUGGCCAUGGCCUCCCUCACUAAGAUUCUGGUCAUUGGACUGAAGCCCUCGCUGAAAGUCUGGAUGACUUUCCCCUACAGCAAGUCUGACCCGUCCAGUGUUCCUCAGCUGGCCUGGCAGUUUGUUCCUGUUCAGAAGACGCUCAACCCCGUCCUGGCUUUCUGUAAAGGAGACACAGUCCACUUCCUGCUGGUAAAGAAGGAGGACACGGGCACCAUCCAUGUCAUCAAACAGAAACAACUCCAGCUCAGCUGUGACAUCAUCAGCCUGAGUUGGAUUAACAGCCGUACCCUGGUCCUGGUGGACAGCCAUGAGAAGCUGCAGGUUGUGGACCGGCCCAGUCAGGAGGUUCUGGAGACUCUGGACCUGGAGCAGGUGCAACUGGUCUAUAACAGCCGACAUUUCAAAUCGCUGGCCACUGGAGGGAAUGUCUCCCAGGCUCUGGCUUUAGUGGGAGAGAAGGCCUGCUACCAGUCCGUCUCCAGCUACGCAGGGCAGAUAGUCUAUUUGGGUACCAAGUCCGCUCACAUCAUGGCUCUGAGGAAUUGGAGAGAGCGCAUCGACUGCCUGCUGAAGCAGGAGCAUUUCGUGGAGGCUCUCUCUCUGGCCUGGUCCUUCCAUGAGGGAACUGCUAAAGCUGUGGUUGGUCUUGUUGGAGAUCAAAUUAAAAAGAAGGGAGUUGUAGGGGACAAGAUGGUGGAGAUCCUCUUCCAGUUUGCAGAGCAUGCUCUGAAGAAGUGUCCAGAACAUGGCAAGAUACAAGUGAUGGAGCAACACUUCCACGAUGUGGUUCCAGUCCUGGUGGAUUACUGCCUGCUGCUGAAGAGGGCAGACCUGAUGUUCAACCAGCUGUACGACCGGCUGCUGGAAAACUCUGUUGCUAAGGGAGUCUUCCUGGAGGCCCUCGAGUCGUACAUCGUUGCCGACCGCCUGGGUCACCUCACCACACCCAUCAUGAGGGACCUCCUGGCCCAUUACCAUGGCAACGGUAUGAUGGACAGCCUGGAGAGAUGCAUUGUCCAUCUGGAUGUGACCAGCCUGGACAUACAGCAGGUGGUUCAAGUGUGUUGGGAGAACCAGCUCUAUGAUGCAAUGCUCUACGUCUUCAACAGCGGAAUGAAUGACUACAUCACCCCUAUGGAGAAACUUUUUGCAGUGAUUGGCCCACCACUUACAGAGGGGAGGGGCCUCACAGAUGAGGAAGUGGUGAUGGGAAACAAACUGUUGGUGUAUAUCAGCUGCUGUCUUGCAGGCAGGGCGUAUCCACUAGGAGACAUCCCUGAAGACCUGGUGGUUCAAGUCAAGAACCAGGUGUUUGAGUUUCUUAUCCGUCGGCAUUCAGGCGACUCGUUAGAAAAGGAGGAGCUCUUUCCUUUUAUACGUACUCUCCUCCACUUUGAUACCCGGGAGUUCCUCAAUGUCCUCGCCAUGACAUUUGAAGACUUUAAGAAUGAUAAGCAGGCCCUCGAGUACCAGCAGAGGGUAGUGGACAUCCUACUCCAGGUGAUGGUGGACAACCCAGACUUCACUCCCUCCCAGGUGGGCGGGCUCUUCACCUUUUUGGCUCGUCAGUUGGCCAAGCCAGACAACACACUGUUUGUGAACAGGAAGCUCUUUGAUCAGGUGCUGGAGUUCCUGUGUUGCCCAGACGAUGACUCUCGACACACUGAGAGGCAGCAGGUUCUGCUGGAGCUGCUGCAGGUCGGGGGGGUGGUCCAGUUUAAUGAAGAAAGGCUGCUGACUUUGGCAGAGAAAGCCAAUUUCUACCAAAUCUGUGAAUUUCUCUAUGAGAAGAAACAUCUGUUCGACCGGAUCAUCGACUGCUACCUGAGAGACCCCCUCAGGAAGGGGGAGAUCUUCAGCUACAUCCACAAUCUGCUGUCCAUGCCCGGCUACAGCGCUGAGGAGAAACAAACAGUGAAGGUCAAAGUGCUGCAACACAUACAGGAGCUGGUGACCCUUGACCCCAGCAAGUCAGCUGACAUGGUGCUGUUUCACUUUGCUGAAGAGGUGCAGCAAAUCAUCUCUGAGCUUCAGGAUGACCAGUUACUCUUCAGGUUCCUCAGCUGCCUCCUGGAGCCACGGGAGGGCCAUCUCUCAGGGACCAUGCUGCCUCUGCAGAGGGACCUCCAUGAGCUCCUGCUGGACUUACUGUGCCGCUUCGGCCCCCGGCAGCUCCUGGGCUUCCUGCAGACCUCCCAGCACUACAGACUGGAGGAGGCCAUACAGACAACUCAGAAGUACCACCACAGCGAGGCCACAGCCUACUUGCUGGAGAUGAAGGGAGAUGUUCAUGGAGCUUUUGCUGUCCUGUUAGAGACUCUGAAGGAGAAACUGAGUGUCCUCACUGCUGAGAGUGAGAGAGCAGAUGAAGGGGGGGAGGAGAGAGACAGGGAUCACACACUGAGCAGAGUGAAGGAGUCGCUGAAUGACAUCAUAGAGCUGUGCCACCGAAGCUCUGACAACCUGGACCAGCAACAAAGAGAGGUCUUGUGGUUUCCACUUCUGGAGACCAUGAUGGCCUCUCAAAAACUAGUGAAGGGGCUUCAUGACGAACACACAUUUGAGGUGCUGAAGGAGCUGACCAUGAAGGUUCUCAACUGUAUGAGCAGCUUUAUUCCUCUGCCUGCCAUCAUCCAGCGGAUACUGCAGGACCCGGUCUACGGGAGAGGAAAGCUGGCAGAGAUCCAAGGCCUCAUCCUGGGUAUGCUGGAUACCUUUAACUAUGAACAGACUCUUCUUGAAACCACCACCAGUCUGUUGAACCAUGACCUCCACUGGUCCCUCGCUCACCUUCGCGCCGCCGUCACAAGGGGGCUACACCCCCGACAGGACCACUGUAACAUCUGCCUGCAGCAGUACAAGAGGAGGCAUGACUCUGCGGAGGAGAUCAUCGUGUUCAGCUGCGGCCACCUGUACCACUACCAGUGUCUGCAGCAGAAGGCCUGUGGGGGGGGCGUCACUUCAGAGCUCAACCAGCGCUGGAGCUGCUACAAGUGUUCCUCCAGCCAGGGGGGGAGGGGGGGGACUACCACCGAACUGAAGAGAGGCCACACCACGUCUCUGGCACAGACUCGUGUUACGUCGGUGCAUCAUGACGGAGGAGCAGAGGCUAACGGGAAGAAGGUGUUUGUUGAAGUGACGCUGGACUCUCAGCAGGAGCAGUCCUGGGAUCAGCUGCGCUGUCUGUACAGAGGACCGUCCAGGUUGUCCAUCCUUGCAGAACUCUCACAAUGCCAAAGCAAUGAAAAGACAGGGCUACUGAUGCCGACCCAACCCGGGACAGAGAGUUUCCAACUCAAACUCUCUCCUCCACCCUUAAUAGAAGAAUAGCACCAUCACUGGAUCAUAUUUUCUUCAUUUGUUCAGAGACUGAGAUUUAGCUUCCAUCUGAUUUCCUUCAUUCCCUAACUAUCUUCCAUAAGUAAAGAUUGCAUUGUAACACUUGUAUUAUUAUUCAAUGACAUUUGAUAUUAUAUAAAAUGUUUCAAUAUGUUUAUUUCAAAACAAACUGUCUGAUUCUGAUAAUAUCUGAUCAUUUUACUAAUCUCAUCCAUUGUAAAUGUGCUGCAGUUGGCUGAACUGGGUUGCUUUAUUUGCAUGUUUUUUGUGACGGAAAUUAUACGGAAACUUUGUUUACACCCAGUAAAAACA